UGGCAUGCUGCUCCCUUAUACCCCUCCUAUAAAUAAACCUCAACAGCUCCCACGAGAGGACGAGGUAGGCUUUUAGGCGGCUACGAUCCGAUUUGUACGCCUCAACUAGACCUCACUCGUACGCCGCCGCCCCCUCCACCGCCGUCGUGCGAGAGGGAGGAGGGAGCUCUGGACCUCCGUGGGGCGUGGAGGAGUGGGACGACGCACGCGGAGGCAGCCCCGGUCGGUUGCUGCUGUAUCCGUCCAGGAUCGGGGGAAUUCCAGGAGGCAGGAAGGAAAGUUGGAGUGCUACAUAGCUGAGUACCACAGGUGAUAGAUUGAUGGCUGGCGCUUUGGCUGAGGACAAUGCUGGGGAUGGUAGAUCCUCAUCAACUGAAGAGAUGUCAAGUGAUGACCAGAUUCAUUCCGAGAAUCCUCUAUCUGAGUGGAGGUCCAGUCAGCAAGUUGAGAACAGAGUACCGCCCACCUUACGGAUUUACUUGGGCAAUGAUGAUGAUGAUGAUUUUAGUUAUGGACCUAGGCCUUCUGAACUUUAUGGAAAGUUUACAUGGAGAAUUGAUUAUUUCUCCCAAAUCAACAGGAGUGAGCUAAGGAGCACUUCAUUUGAUGUCGGCGCAUAUAAGUGGUAUAUAUUAAUAUACCCGCGAGGAUGUGGUGUCUGCGAUCACCUCUCUCUCUUUCUUUGUGCUGACCAUAAUAAGCUACUCCCAGGAUGGAGUCACUUUGCGCAAUUUACAAUAGCUCUUAUUAAUAAAGACCCUAAGAAAUCUAAGUAUUCUGAUACACUGCAUCGGUUUUGGAAGAAAGAGCAUGAUUGGGGGUGGAAAAAGUUUAUGGAGCUGUCAGAAUUACACGAUGGCUUUAUUGUUCAGGAUGCUCUUACCAUCAAAGCCCAAGUUCAAGUCAUUAGGGAGAAGAUAGACCGUCCAUUUCGUUGCCUUGAUGGCCAGUACCGAAGGGAACUAAUUAGGGUGUAUCUAUCAACUGUGGAACAAAUUUAUCGGCGUUUUAUUGAUGAAAAAAGAAGGAUGUUCAGCAGGCUGAUUGAGGAUAAACUCGGGUGGUCCAGUUUCAGUGGAUUCUGGCUAGCAAUGGAUCCAAGUGUGCGUCGGCACAUGACACGGGAAAAGACUGAAACUAUAUUGAAAGUUGUAGUGAAACAGUUCUUUAUAGAGAAAGAAGUUACAUCAACCUUGGUAUUUGACUCGCUAUAUAGCGGACUUAAGGCACUUGAAUACCAGAGCAACAACAAAAAGGGGAUACCUAAAAUAACAGAGGCAGAUGCUCGGAGCACUCCAAUGGUGCUUAUUGAUCAAGACAUGUUUGUUUUGGCUGAUGAUGCGCUACUGUUGUUUGAAAGAGCUGCAUUGGACACACAAUCACACCAACCAUUGCCCAAAAAAGAUGAUAAAGGAUCACCGAACCGUACAAAGGAUGACACCUCAAGUGACGAGUUUGACAAAGAUUCUAUUGAGCGUGAUGAUAGAUGGCUUGAAGAGCUAGGCUGCAAGACACUGGAACUUUUUGCCGUAACUCAUAUAUUCAGCCGAGCAGAAGCGGCGUACCAAGAAGCGAUGGCUUUGCAGCUCCAAGAGGAACUCAUUCGUGAAGAAGCAUCCGAGCGAGCUGGAACUGAACUUAAGCCAAAGCGUCGUGCUGCUGAUAAGAAAAGGCGUGGCAAGAACAUGUGAAGUGUUAUAUUUUCUUUUUAAAAAACUAGCAAUAAUUCAUCGGAUGCUAGGCUAUUUCCCCUCAUUUUUUGUGAACAGACAUAUAUAUGCCGCCGUUCGUAGAUUCUAGUCUCGUGCAUUCCCUUUGAGAAUGUAAGAUUGAAGUGUGUUUUUCCAUUGGUUGAUCUCAGGUUUAUAUACAUGUUAUUAGGCUGGGUUCAAGUGUGCU